AUGACUAAAACAAGUAUCACAAUAGACGAUGUUGUUUUUGUUAUUGAUUAUGGAAAAGCCAAAGAAACAUCAUAUGAUGCUUUGAAUAAUACCCAUUGUCUCCUUCCUACUUGGAUAUCAAAAGAUUCUGCUAAACAAAGGCGAGGUCGAGCAGGGUGUGUUCAGCCAGGAGAAUGUUACCAUUUAUACCCUCGAGAUGUUCAGUCACUUUGUCUUCAAAUAAAAACUUUAAAACUUGGAAGUUUUUCUGAAUUCUUAUCUAAAGCUCUUCAAUCACCAGAGUUAUUAGCAGCUCAAAAUGCAAUUGAGUAUCUCAAGAUUAUUGGUGCUUUAGAUGAGAACGAAGAUCUAACUCUGGCAGAGGCGGCGAAAGCGCAAUUUUCGCGAGAUCAUAGUGACCAUUUUGCCCUUGUGAGGGUGUAUGAUGUUUGGAAAGUGGCUGAACAAGCACUUGGUGGAUAUGAAUAUUGUUGGAAGAUUUUUCUGUCUGCUCAGUCCAUGAAAUCUAUUGAUUCUUUGAGAAGAGAGUUUUUAUCUUUGCUUAAAGAUACUAGUGUUGUCAAGGGCAAUAUGGUCAUUUUCAAUGCUUGGAAUUAUGACGAAAAUCUCAUUCGUGUAGCUAUCUGCUACGGCUUGUAUCCCGGAACUUCCUCGAUCGUCCAUAAUGAAAAGUCAUUAUCUCUGAAAACCGUGGAGGAUGGCCAGGUGCUUUUACACUCUGACUCAGUUAAUUCCUGGGAUUUGAGAAUUCCAUUCCCGUGGUUGGUCUUUAAUGAGAAGAUCAAAGUGAACUCUAUUUUUCUCCGGCUGUUGUUUCCGAUUACGUCCUGCUACUGUUUGGUGGAAGCAUCUCAAAAGGCGAUAUAG